AUGAACCAAUCUUCACUACAAACAAAUAGCACACCACUGCUGAUGAUGAUGAUGUCUUCACAACUAGAUGCAGAUGCGGCAGCUAACAGCAACGGAUUUGACAACUUUUUGGAUAUUUUUUCAACUGAUAUGGAUUUUGAACAAGCUUAUUCAAUGUAUAAUACAUUACAACAAAAAUCAGCAAUUGGUACGUUUGAAGAGUUGAAUAAAGUGCAAAUGUUGAAUUCGCAAUAUACUACUAAUUUACCUACUCCACCACCACAUCCACAACAUCAGCAACAGCAUUACUCUAGUGUGUCAUCUGACUUACCCCAGGAUGAAUUUGCUGAUUCUAGGCAACAGAUACUAAAUGGAGGACAUCAAUACAUUCAAGAACAACCAAAACAACAACAACAGCCGCAGCAGCAAAUAGAACAACAACAACUAGAACAACAACAACUAGAACAACAACAACUAGAACAACAACAACAUCAACAUCAACAUCAACAUCAACAUCAACAACAACAUCAACAAGAGGAAGAAAAUGACGAUUUUGAUCAUUUCUUCACCAAUACUGAGUCAAAUGCUCUUGAAAGAUUUUUGGAUAGUUUAACUAACCCAAAAGCAACUGCUGAUCCAUUACAAUUUUAUCAAAAUAGUCGAUCACCAAAGAGUAACAAUAACAACAAUAUGGAAUUUGAUUUUAACUUUGAAAUGCGUACAAUGAAUAUACCUCCAUUUACGAAACAAAGUCAAAAACCAGCACAACAACAACCGCAACAACAACUGCAACUGCAACAACAAUUUCAAAAUUAUCAAGCACCACAAUUGCAUCAACCACAACCUUUUUAUCCAACAGAUACCAAUUUCCAUGCAUCAUCGUCUUCACCAAUGACCAUGUCUACGACUCAUUCAAACGUCAUGCAGGCACACUUUCAACAACAACCACAUUCACAACCACAACACCACCAACAGCAACAAUUGCAGGACCAUGUUGCUCUUAAGAAUGAACUAGCUGAAGCUUUCUCAGUGCCAGCAAAAUCACCAUUUUCUUCACCACCGCUUGAAAAACAAGUUAAAGAAGCAAAACAAGCGGAGCUUAAAGCUACAAGAAAGAGCCAAACAAAGCUGACCAAACUGUCAAAGAAGGAUACCAAGACGGAGAUAAAACAAGAAAGUAUGUCGUUAACUUCCUCAUCAAAUUCACAGUUAAUAACUCCACCUACAUCAGGCGACGAAAGCAGGAAAAGACAAGGCAUAGAAGAAGACGAAGAGGAAGAAGAAUACGACUCCGACGAUAACACCAACUCCACAACCUCCUCCUCCCCCAAAAGACAACUCAAAAAACGUAGACGUUCAACCAACAAACCCCUCCUAUCAAUCGAACAAAAACGAUUAAACCAUUCCCAUUCAGAACAAAAACGUCGUCAAUUGUGUAAACAAGCAUACCAACGAUGUCUUGAACAGAUUAUUGAUUUGGAUGCAUUUGCUAAAUUACCCGAAUUAAAUGAAGCUGAACGUAAAACUAAAAGAGCCAGAGUUAAUAAAGAAGGAUUACCUAACUUAUCUAAACAUGGCGCUUUAAUGAGGAUUAGUAAUGAGAUGACUUUGAUUAAACAGUUGAAUGAUGGAUUGAAGAAGUUGUUGGAGGGAUAA